GUCGAUAGUAUCGAUAGUGCUCCGACGUUUUGCCAGCACUAGAACAAAGUUGUAAUAGUAAAAUUUAUAUGUAAAAAUCCAAUUCGCACAAAGGUUGUCGUCUUUGUCUCAGUUUCACAGUAGGAAGCGGGAAGUGGGCGGAGUGGAGCGGUGUUUAGAGAUAUUGAAUACUGCGACUUGGGGCCGAGAAAGCAAACGCAACAAACAUGUCAACCACUCCCAACUCCAAUAGCAGCAGUAGCAACAGCAACAACAAGCAGCAGCCCCAGAAGCAGGACACGUACAGCAGCGACAGCAGCGAAGAGAAUCUCGAGGCGGCCGAGGAGCGGAGAAGGCGCAUCCUUAAGAACCGCAGCCGACUCAAUCGGCCGAACAUUUCUUGCGGCGGCGGAGCCGUUCCCAAGCAGGACGGCAAGUCGCCAGGUGGAGCCGCAUCCACGAGCUGCCAGGCGAUGGCUUCGGCGGGAGCAGGAGGCCGUCUGCCGGCGCCGCCAGAGAGGAUCUCGAUGCUGGUGGACGGAGUGCGCUUCACAGUCGAGCAGUCGCUCCUGACAGCCCAUCCCACCACCAUGCUGGGUACCAUGUUCGGCUCCGGCUUUCAGUUUGCACACGCCAACGAGCGCGGUGAGUACGACGUGGCCGACGGCAUCUCACACCUGGUGUUCCGCGCGAUCCUUGAGUACUACAAGAGUGGUGUGAUUCGCUGCCCGCCGACGGUGUCGGUGCCGGAACUGAAAGAGGCCUGCGACUAUCUGCUUAUUCCCUUUGACGCCACCACCGUGCGCUGCCAGAAUCUAAGAGGCCUUCUCCACGAGCUCAGCAACGAAGGAGCGCGCCAGCAGUUCGAGCUCUUCCUCGAGGACCUUAUCCUGCCGCUGAUGGUGGCCUCGGCCCAGCGCGGGGAUCGCGAAUGCCACGUAGUCGUGCUGCUCGAGGACGAUAUGGUCGACUGGGACGAGGAGUUUCCGCCGCAAAUGGGCGAGGAAUACUGUCAGACUGUUCACAGCACUGCCAUGCAUCGCUUCUUCAAGUACAUCGAGAACCGCGAUGUGGCCAAGCAGGUGAUGAAGGACCGCGGCCUGAAGAAGAUCCGCUGCGGUAUCGAGGGCUAUCCCACUCACAAGGAGAAGAUCCGGAGGCGCCCCGGCGGACGGGCCGAGGUGAUCUACAGCUAUGUGCAGCGCCCGUUCAUUCACAUGUCCUGGGAGAAGGAGGAGGCGAAGAGCCGCCAUGUGGACUUCCAGUGUGUAAAAUCAAAGUCCGUGACAAAUCUCGCUGAGGCCAAUGCCGAUCCUCCCUUGGAAUUGGACGCAAGCGGCAACCCAAUUCCGCCCAUUGCAGUGGUCAAUCCGCAUCCCAAUAACGUAGAGCUGGCUCCUGGUGCGGCCCCAGCCGCCGCUCCAGUGAUGGGCCCAGCGGUUGUAGUCGCUGUCGACGAGGCGGCGGGCGGGGUUGUGAUGCUCAACGACUUGGCUCAGGCGGCGGGUGCCGGUGCCGCCGGCAUCGUCGACGAGAACGUUUAGAGCAAAGAGAAGACCUCGGGAAAGGUGGAACACACUGCCAGAGCAGCAGCAGCAGCGCGCACAGCAAAAACCCUUUCUACGAUUUUCAUCAACACUUUUAUAUAUAUGCAAUAAAAAACAGAAAUGUCCAACACAAA